AUGUCAGUGAUAUUAGCAUCUGCGGGUUAUGAUCAUACGAUCAGAUUUUGGGAGGCGCUUACCGGUGUGUGUUCCAGGACUAUUCAACAUGCGGAUUCACAAGUGAAUAGGUUGGAAAUUACUUCAGAUAAGAGAUAUUUGGCUGCAGGGGGCCAUUUGCAUGUGAGGCUAUAUGAUAUACGGACAACGAACCCUAAUCCUGUGACGUCUUUUGAGGGGCAUCGUGGGAAUGUAACGUCGAUAGCAUUUCAGCAGGAUAAUAAAUGGAUGGUUUCGUCGAGUGAAGAUGGUACGAUCAAGGUGUGGGAUGUAAGGACGCCAUCAGUGCAGAGAAACUACAAACAUAAUGCACCUGUGAAUGAGGUUGUGAUACAUCCAAACCAAGGUGAGCUUAUUUCUUGCGAUCAGGAUGGUAAUAUCAAGAUUUGGGACCUUGGAGAGAAUCAGUGUACGCAUCAGCUGGCAUUGGAAGACGACACCCCAUUGCAAUCGCUUUCUAUAGCAAGUGAUGGUUCAAUGCUUGUUGCUGGAAGUAACAAGGGGAACUGCUAUGUUUGGAAAAUGCCAAAUCACACGGAUACUGCAAAUUUAAAGCCUGUUACCAAGUUCAGAUCACAUACGAAGUAUAUUACUAGGGUAUUAUUGUCAGUUGACGUGAAGCACUUAGCGACUUGUUCUGCUGAUCAUACGGCAAGGGUAUGGAGCAUCGAAGACAACUUCCAAUUAGAGACAACGCUGGAUACUCAUUCGCGAUGGGUUUGGGAUUGUGCAUUCAGUGCAGACAGCGCAUAUUUGGUCACAGCCUGUUCUGAUCAUUAUAUAAGGCUUUGGGAUCUUUCUACAAGAGAAAUCGUAAGACAGUACGGUGGUCACCAUAAGGGUGCUGUAUGUGUCGCAUUGAAUGAUGUAUAG